AUGCCUCUCUUCGUUCUCGCAGAGACGCCUGCGGGCUACGGUCUGUUCAAGGCCAAAGACAAGAAGUUACUGUCACGAGACGAUGUUCAAAAGCAGCUUUCCAGCGCUGAAGCCAUCAACUCAAUGCUAUCGCUCAAGAAGAUGGUCAAGUUCGAGGAUUCGGCUCAAGCCUUAGGUGAAUACACUGCUCUCACCGAAGGCAAAGUCACCCCGAUGUUACAAAACCUACUCGACGAUAUCAAGGAAGAACGAAAGGCGUCGCUUGCUGUUGCUGAUCCAAAGUUGGGUGCCGCAAUUAACAUUCUGCCCCAGUUGAAUAUUACUCCAGUAUCUGAUUCAUCUACCAAUGAUCUCUUCCGCGCCAUCAAAACCUAUCUUCCUGAACUUUUCCCCGAGCUAGAGAGCGACUACCUAGGAAACAUGGCGCUUGCCCUGUCGCACUCCAUUUCUCGCCACAAGCUCAAGUUCUCCCCCGACAAGGUAGACGUUAUGAUUGUUCAGGCCAUCAAGCUUCUCGAUGAUUUGGAUAAGGAGCUGAACAACUAUGCCAUGCGAGUCAAGGAGUGGUAUGGAUGGCAUUUCCCCGAGUUGGACCGUAUUGUGCAAGACAACCUUGCCUAUGCUCGCAUUAUUCUAGUUAUGGGAACGCGAGAAAACGCUCCCAAUACCGACUUUUCCGAAAUCCUCCCCGAGGAUAUCGAAACUCGCGUCAAGGCAGCCGCAGAAGUUAGUAUGGGUACUGAGAUUCUCGAAUUUGACUUGGAGAACAUCAAGCUCCUUGCCGAGCAGGUGAUCAGCUUCACCGAGUACCGACAGCAACUCUCCUUGUACCUAACAUCGCGUAUGAAGGCAAUUGCCCCCAACUUGACAGAACUCCUUGGUGAGCUAGUUGGUGCUCGUCUCAUCGCGCACACCGGUUCGCUUCUGAAGCUAGCAAAGAGCCCCGGUAGUACUAUCCAGAUUCUGGGUGCGGAGAAAGCUCUUUUCCGUGCUCUAAAGACUAAGCAUGAUACUCCCAAAUACGGUCUCAUUUACCACUCGUCUCUUGUGGGACAGGCUAGUGGAAAAAACAAGGGCAAGAUCGCGCGUACACUGUCUGCAAAGGCUGCUUUGUGCCUGCGUGUCGAUGCUCUUUCCGAGCUGAGCACCGAGGGUGCUGAUGGCGAGGAUAUCCUGGUGGACGACGAGGAGAGAGCCGACAUGGGUAUUCGACUCCGCGCGUUACUAGAAGAUAAACUACGGAAGCUAGAAGGCAAGCCGUUAGUAUCUAAGGGUACCAAGAUUGCCCCCAAUGGCGCCACGCCAUCCAAAUUUGAAGUUAAAUCAACACGAGGCUAUAAUGCCGAUGCCGAUGCCGUUGCUACGUCGGCUAAGAAGACACCCAGCAAGCCCUUAAUCCAAGAAGUUGAGGAUACCCCAAUGGGAGACGCGGAGAGCGAGGAUGAAUCUGAAGAGGAGGAUUCCGAUGUGGACAUGGACGGCGCCGAAAGUGCCAAGUCAAAACAGAAGACACCAAAGAAAGAAAAGCACUCGGCAAAGAAAGAGAAGAGCAAGAAGGCUACAAAUGGAGCUGAGUCUACUCCUACACAACCCGCCAAGCUGUCCGAGGCCGACUAUGCCCGACUAGCAGAGGAAGCCGGCAUCUCGGUCUCUAAGUUCAAGCGCAAGUACGAGCGUGGUGAUGUGAAGACGAAUGCCGAUGGAACACCCCAAGUUGUCAGCAAGAAAGAGCUGAAGAAGUUAAAGAAGGCCGAAGCCAAGACCGCUGACGCCACACCUUCUAAAGUCGACGCUGAGGCCGACUCCAAGAAGAAGCGAAAGCACUCGGAUGAUAGUCCAGAGAAGAAGAGCAAGAAGAAGUCGAAGAAGGAGAAGUCCUCGUAG